AAGAGCUCCCACGAUACGCAAUGAGACUCGUCAUUUGCAGAGCCACUAUCUGUCCCUUGGCAGACCACUUCUCAGCCUGCUCGUCUUACUUGGGACCUCUCGUCUGCACGCCCAGUGAUUCCAUGAUGGCAACUGUUUCCUAACACGCCAAUAAUCCUUCGCAAUCAGAAUUUCGUCUUUGGGUCUCCUUAUCGCAGCACAGGCCUCUCUGCAUCACGCAUUACAAAAGGAAGGGAAAGAAAGAAAACAAUAAAAAAAAAGGCCACCGACAUGUCAGAUCUGUACCUUUCCCGGUUACGCAGCUGGUUUCUGAGCUCGCCCCCCGCAGAAUGGGCCCUCAACCGCCUACGCUCAACCCUCAUCGGCGCGCUCUCUCAGGGGCCCAUCCCACGCCAUGUCGCCUUCGAGAUGGACGGCAACCGCCGGUAUGCGCGGAGCCACAAGAUAGAGACAAUCGAAGGCCAUCAUCUCGGAUUUGAGGCUCUUGCUCGGGUGCUCGAGGUCUGCUACAAAUGCGGCGUCAAAGUCGUGACGGUCUACGCCUUCAGCAUCGAGAACUUCCACCGCCCAAAAUACGAGGUCGACGGGCUUAUGCAGCUUGCGAAAGUUAAACUCGAACAACUCCUACAGCACGGAGAGUUGCUUGACCGAUAUGGCGCGAGUGUGAGGGUGCUGGGCCGCCUUGACUUGAUCCCUCCAGACGUCCUCGAGGUUGUGGGAAGGGCGAUGGCGGCCACUCAGAACAACACAGAGUGCGUCCUCAACAUCUGCUUCCCCUACACGUCAAGGGAAGAGAUGACCACGGCGAUCCGGACCACCGUCGAGGAGUACUCAACCACUCCUCGCCCCCACAGCACGCCCUUCUCGCAGAGCCGAAUCACCCAAAAGAUCUUAUCCAAGCAGGCAGGAAAGCCGGAUGUGCUCGAGCCGAUCAGGGAGUCGGUGUCACCGACACCGACAUCGAUACACUCGGACGACCAGGACGACGCCGUGUCGACUGCGACUACGCUACACUCCGACUCUGCAGCCGUCAAGGGCAUCGAUGGCGAGGAGGCGGUGGCUAUAUAUCCUAAUGCGGAGACCAUCACUUCGGAAACCAUCGACAAGCACUUGUACACAGCGGACUGUCCGCCCCUCGACAUCUUUGUGCGCACUAGCGGCGUCGAGCGUCUGAGCGACUUCAUGCUGUGGCAGUGCCAUCAGGACACACAAAUCUUCUUCCUCAAGUGCUUCUGGCCCGAGUUUGACCUGUGGAACUUUCUCCCAGUUCUGGUCGAGUGGCAGUGGCGCCAGAAGCAGAAGGCCAGGGACGAACGGCCGCGGAGGCGAGUGAAGCAGGCGUGAUGGUGUACUAUGUUGAAUCAGACCUAAGAGGCCAACUCUGCAUAGACGUUAUACAACUAGGCGAAGGCGUUUGGGCAGCGAAUCGGAUAACUCUCAUAUUGCUCAUAUAUUCAAGGCAUGUCGCGUGCACUGGUGAGAAAAUAUGGCAUUUGGUGCGUUCUUGUACAUACAUUUCAAUGGACAUACAAAAAGAUUAGCUGGACUGUAAUCCGUAUGUAAGAGGAGAACAUAUCCGAUGUACGUCCGUAUACAGUAAGAUACAGGCGCAUGUCCCGAUUCUUGUUUCGCGUGUUUUCUUAAUCUUAUCUUAUCUGCUGGCCCAAAGGCGGUGACGUCUCGGCAUUCUAUCAAGGGCAG